AUGGCACCCAUUCUCCGUGCUGCGGCCUGCCAUGUCGCUCCAAUCUUCUUGUCAGCCAAAGAAACAACCCAGAAAUGCGUGUCUUUGAUCGAAGAAGCCGCAAAGAACAAAGCCCAUCUGGUCAUCUUCCCAGAAGUGUUCAUCCCGGGAUAUCCAUUCUGGAGCUGCAUGGUAGCCCCCGGCGAAGCCCAUGAAUUCUUCAAACGCAUGGUCCGCGAAUCAGUCUACGUGGACGGCGAAGAAGUCAACGCGAUCCGCCGAGCAGCCCGAGAAAACCACAUCACGGUGUGCGUCGGAAUAUCCGAGAAGACGCGGUACAGCAGUGCCAAUCUAUACAACAGCAACCUCAUGAUCAGUCCAGCAGGCGAGGUCCUGGUCCACCAUCGCAAACUGGUUCCUACUUUCUAUGAGAAACUUACCUGGGCGCCAGGUGAUGGCCACGGACUCGAGGUCAUUGACCUCCCAGUUGAGUCCUCGGGUAUGGCUAGGGUUGGUAUGCUCCUUUGUGGUGAGAAUACAAACCCACUAGCCCGGUACAGCAUGAUGGCGCAAGGUGAACAAGUCCAUAUUUCAACCUGGCCGGCGAAAGCACCCAUGCAUAGCAUCCGCGACAACACCGAAUACAGUGGAGGAAAGCCCAAGCCCAGGUAUGGGAACGUGGCAGCCAAUCGCACCCGCGCUGCGGCGCAUUGUUUCGAAGGGAAGUGUUUUGGGAUUAUCAAUGCUGCUGUAGCCGAUGAACAUACCUUGCAGACAAUUCUAGAAAUUGCGCCUGAAGAAGUGAAAGAUGUAAUUCGGUCUACCAUGGAAGGAUCAAUGCAAGCCGAAACGAGGUUUUUGGAUACCACUGGGGGUCCUUUGGUUGGAUUUGUGAUUAAUGCGGAAACUGGGGAAAGGGAAGAAAAGGAGAAUUUGCAGCUUGAAGAAGGGGUAUUAUAUGCUGAUUUGGAUAUGGAUGCUACUGUCGAAGGUAAACAGUUUCAAGAUGUUGUUGGCGGGUAUCAGCGCUUUGAUGUGUUUCAGAUCAACGUGGAUCGGACGAGACGGACGCCAGUGACGUUCUCUGAUAUUUUGGAGGAGCAGAACGUGCAGUAG